AUGAGCCAUUUUGUGACUCUCCAUGUUUUCAGGGCCAGACCUCAGCCAGCAGGAAUGGAUUCCCUGGAUCUGUUGUGGAAUUGUUUGGUGUGCAAAUGGGAACUGCGGAGGAGGGAGCCCAGAAUGCUCCCCUGCCUCCACUCCUUCUGUAAGGAAUGCCUUCCAGGCUUGAUCCAAGGAUACAGCUGUGUUCCCACUGAGUAUGAAGUUCUCUAUGAAGGUAUCCUUUCCUGCCCUGUGUGCAAACAGACCUGCUUUGCAAGGGAUGUAGUUGAGAAUUUCUUCCUCAAGGACUUUCCAGUUGGUGAUUCAGCUAUGGCAAAGAGCUGCUCCAUGUGCAAAGAGAAGAGGCCUGCCCACAGUCUCUGCACAAGAUGCAAUAAGUGGUUGUGCAGCUCAUGCACGGAGGAGCACAGACACGGCCAGGAGCCUGGAGACCACUUCCUGUCUUUAUCCCUGACAAGCUGCACAGCAGCGGAAGAUGAAGCAAGGGAGUUUUCCUUGUUCUGUCCAGCGCACCCCCAAGAGGCACUGAAGGUGUUUUGUGAGACCUGUGACACCCUCACCUGCCGCAGCUGCCUCCUGUCAGAGCACAAGGAGCACAGGUUCAGGCAUCUUGAUGAAGCACUGCAAAAUCAGAGAAUUAUCCUGGAGAAUGUCAUAACUAAGGUGGAAGAGAAAAAAAAUGGGAUUCGGGUUUCAGCUAAACAGAUUGAAGACAGGUUGCUUGAAGUAAAACAUCUGUACAAAAAGGUGGAAAACCAAAUAAAAAUGGCCAAGAUGGUUCUGAUGAAUGAAAUCGAUAAACGAACAAAUAUCCUCCUUGAACAACUGGAAAAGAUCACCAGUGAGAGGAAGCAGAAGCUGGAGCAGCAAUUGCAAGGAGUUGUGGUUUUGGGCAGGCAGGUAGAGCACGUCCAGAACUUCAUCAGCUGGGCCGUGUGUAGUAAAAAAACCAUCCCAUUUCUCUUCAGUAAGGAACUGAUUGUGUUUCAGAUCCAGCGCUUGCUGGAGACAAACUGUAACACAGACACGGGCCCUCCUCUGAAGAUCAGGUUUGCUUGGGAUCCCUCCUACUGGACUAAGCAACUCUCCAAUUUGGGGGGUUUCACAAUGGAAGGUGGACACAUAUCUCACCCAGAUGUGCUACUCUGUGGAAAUAUUCAAGGGUUACAACCCUCUCUGUACCAUGGUCACCCCUCCCCAGCCUCCCAGCUGGAGAGCAGCCAGCCUCCCCAGUUCCCACCUGCGCUCCAGUGCUCUGCACCCGUCUGCUGCUCCCACUGCCUCAGCAUUCCUCACCCAAGCAAAGCCCAGCCUUCUUACCAAGACAUGAGCCACCACCACAAGAGCUUCCAGCAGCCUCCUGCACUUCAUCAGCAGCACUUCCCUCUGCAGUUCAGCCUGCAGGACAGGGAGCCACGGGGUGUCCCCCAGCCCGUGAAGCUCCCGCAGGCUGGGCUGGAGCAGCAGCCACGCUCGGAGCUGGAGAACAUAUCCGGGAGGGUGGCAAAGCCCUUCCCACCCCAGCAGCUGCAGCAGGGCUGUGCUGCUGUGUCCCACGAGGCUCAGCAGGCUCCCACGAGCCACCCACAGGCUUCUCUGCAGACAUCAGCUGUGGGAGUGCAGCUGGGCCAUGUCCAGAAGAUGAAAUCCAGCCCCGUGCUGCAGCCACCCCCGCAGCAGCAGCAGCUGCCACUGGCGUCCCCCCAGCUGGGGCACGACGAGAGCUCCCACAAGCAGGUCAUCCAGCAGAGCCUGGACCUCAUGCACCACCAGCUGGAGCUGGAGGAGAUGAAGAAGGAUCUGGAGCUUCUCCUGCAGGCCCAGGGACAGUCCAGCCUGCAGCUGAACCAAGCCAAGCCACCUCAGAACGUUCAGCAGACUAUAGUUGGUCAGAUCAACUACAUAGUGAGGCAGCCAGCCCCAGCACAGCAACAAGUCCAAGAUGAAGCACAAGUCUGUGAGAGCUCUGCAGAAGCUGAUGCCCAGAAGCCUGUCGUUCCUCCUGACAAAAAUGACAGUCCCUCCCUGUCACAAUCAUUGGAAGAAGAACCCAGUGGCAGGAACCACUCCCCUGAGAGCACACUGCAGCAAUCAACUUUCCAUCCAGUGAGAAAGCAUUCAGCAUCCCUAAGCUUUGUGGGCUUUCCAAACAGCACAGAAAUGGAAUUGUCUCCACCGAGGUUAUCCAGCUCGGCCGACCCAGAGGUGAAAGGUGCAGCUGCUGUGACACUUGGCCUGUCCCCAAAUGCUGUCUGUGAGUGUGACACUGCACCAGAGCCCCUGCCCAGCUACAGCCUGGCUCUGGGCAGGGCUCCCAGUGACCCGAGCCCUGGGGCUCCUGCUGGCCUCAGCCCAGGUGAUGCACUCCAGGGAGGCACUAAAUGCAAGCUGGAAAAUGAAGACUUCAGUGCUGUGGAUUGUCUUCUAGAAAACAACUUGGCUACUGCUGGGCAAGAGGUAGUUAAUGAAUUAACUCUUUCUAUGCAAAAAGUGAUGGAAGAACCUAUUAAUCUUUCAAUCAAAAAGUCUCAACAUUGCACUUCUCCUUCUGAACUGCUCAGCAACACUUCUUUCCUGCCUGUGAAUGCCAGAACGAGACAACCUAGAAGCGAAGAAGAUUCCAAUAACUGUGAAAAGGAACAUUUUGAAAUGGAUAUGAAAAGCAAUCAGAAUGUCAGAGCUGCCCCAAAGGAGCAGAGGGUGCCCUACGUGCGACUGGAACGUCUGAAGAUAUCCGCCUCGGAAGUGGGGCAGCUGCCGGUGUUCAAGCUCCAGCCACAGGACAACGAGCAGGAGGGCAACUUCCUGCUGGUCAUUGAGUGCGGCACACGCUCCUCAAGCAUGUCCAUAAAGAUAAAUAAAGACAGUCCAGCUGAAGGACAGAAAUCCAAAGAGGAGAACUCAGAGGAUGGGAGGUUUCUCAUCUCCCAGGCUGCAGGACAGACACAAUCUCCAUCUGUUGAUCAGAAGCUCAGCAAUGGCAUCUCCAGUGUGAAAAAAUCCCCAGUUACUCAGGAAGUCAGUCCAAUUGAAAAUGAGGAUUUCUGUGCUGUGUGUCUUAAUGGAGGAGAACUGUUGUGCUGUGAUCACUGCCCCAAGGUCUUCCACCUCUCCUGCCAUGUUCCAGCCCUGCUCAGCUUUCCAGUGGGAGAAUGGGUGUGCUCGCUUUGCCGUAACCCAGUGAAGCCGGAGGUGGAGUAUGACUGUGAGAACACACGCUACAGCCACAGCUACAAUGCCCAGUAUGGCCUUGGUGACUGUGACCAGAAGAAGUGUGAAAAGCUGGUGCUCUCCCUGUUCUGCAGCAGUAUGAGCCUCCCAUUCCAUGAACCUGUCAGUCCCCUGGCUCGGCAUUAUUAUCAGAUCAUCAAAAGGCCAAUGGAUUUGUCCACCAUACGAAGGAAGCUGCAAAAAAAGGACAAGUCCCACUACUCUGCACCUGAGGAACUUGUGACUGACGUGCGUCUCAUGUUUUGGAACUGUGCAAAGUUCAAUUAUCCAGAUUCCGAGGUGGCUGAGGCUGGACGAUGCCUGGAUGAGUUCUUUGAGGACAAACUGAGAGAGAUCUAUCCAGACAGGCAUUUCCCUUCAAUGCAGCAGGAUGACUCCGAUUCUGAAGAUGUGGAGAGCCAGAACAGCCCAGUGCCAUCCCAGGAUUUCCAGUGGCCAUCGUACGGGCAGGAGUGCGUGCAGCCCAAAAGGAAACGGCGUCACGCUGAAAGUGAAAAAACUAAAAGAAUGAUGUUUCAGCCAGCUAACGGCCAUCCUCAGGUAUGA